AUGUGGUUCGAAUCGUUAUGCGAUCUCUUAUAUCCUGGAAUGUAUCAAUCAUCCUGCUCGUCGUCACGCGGAGAGACGCAGAGCAUCUUCAAAUGGGAUCUAUCGGUGCCAUUUUUGCCGCCCAUGAUGAACGCAGCGACCGUCGCCAGAGGAAUCUCUACACAACUCGUAGCAUUUACAGAAUUAAUCAACACUCUGGCUGCUACUCAUCCAAGCUGGCCCCAUUGUCCUCAUCCUCGAUAUCUUCAGAGCAUCCUCUCUUUCUUAGUUGUCGGCGGAGUGGUCUGCGCCUCCACCGGAAGCCUUGAACAGUUGCUUGUUUAG